UACGUCGUCGUUAAAGUUUGCUGGCGCAGGUCUCUGAACAGGACAUACUAAAUCUGAAAAAAUUUUGGGCGUCUAAAAAUAGUUCUAUAUUCCUAAACAACGAAAUUUUUGGACAAAUAAAAAUAUGUCUGAGAUGUGUGAACCUUUAACACUCGCCAGAGACGUUAAACGAUCGAUAGAGCUUUUGGAGAAAUUACAGGCGAGUGGUGAUUUUCCUACCACCAAAUUAGCUGCAUUACAAAAAGUGCUACAAAGUGAAUUCCUCAAUGCUGUCCGUGAGGUUUACGAACAUGUAUAUGAAACUGUAGAUAUCCAGGGCUCUCAAGACGUGCGUGCUUCUGCAACAGCUAAGGCAACAGUAGCAGCGUUUGCUGCAAGUGAAGGUCAUGCACAUCCUAGGGUCGUAGAGUUACCAAAAACAGAAGAAGGUCUUGGUUUUAAUGUAAUGGGUGGAAAGGAACAAAACUCUCCUAUAUAUAUUUCACGCAUAAUCCCAGGUGGUGUAGCAGAUCGUCAUGGUGGCCUUAAACGUGGUGACCAGCUUUUAUCUGUUAACGGUGUGUCCGUUGAGGGAGAAAACCAUGAGAAAGCUGUCGAACUUCUUAAACAAGCCGUUGGAUCUGUUAAGCUUGUUGUAAGAUAUACACCAAAAGUUUUGGAGGAAAUGGAAAUGCGUUUUGAUAAGCAACGCACUACACGUCGUAGGCAAUAAUUUGUAAUUUGUGUG